AUGGGCAAUUCACCGAGCAGACCAAUUGUACAAGAGAGUUACGGCCAGGAAGUGCCUCCAGGACUUCGCUUCAGCCGAGAAAGAACAAUGAUUCUUGCGUCUUUAUUCGCCAGUCGAAAGCUGAUGUGUUUUCCUACUCCACACUCCUACGAAAGAUUCUUGAAUAACAAGAGAAAAAUCGAUAUACCUGCUAAUCUAGAGGACGGCGGAUUGGGUAUACCUUUAUUUGAGUUCAAGUAUGAUUUUUUCAACGUUCCGUUCAGCUCGGCACCAAAAUUUGAAAUCUACAAAUACACUGUAAUCGAAAAGGGCCAGGAUUAUUUAAUACCCGCCGACGCCAAAGUCAUUUGCGUUUCUGGAGGAAAACAACUGAUCAAGUCAUUAUUUUGCGAGAUAUGGGAUAAAACUUUCAAAGGACUUCGCACCGGUUACGAAUUUGUCUUCCAAUCUCAAGAUGGGCCCCAGCAAUUUAUCAUGUUGAAACAUCACAUGCGUGAAAAUUUCGAAUCAACGAUAGGAGACUGGCAUGUAAACUGGUGCUCGGGUUUCGAUUCGACUCAUAUGGACUUAGUGGUUCUCGACCCAGAUAUGCCUUUUCUUUUCGACGACAAGGAAACGGCGGCCAAGAAGAAAGCCUUAGAGAAAACUCAAAAAAAGGGCAUGGAUGAUUUGCCCUUGUGGGCGAGAUUCCGAUUCGUAAGCCCUGGAAUUCUGCCGAAACUUACGACGAAACAAGCUACUUUGACAAUCGGCGAAAUCGACCUUGAAACGAACCCGACAGAAUUCGGCCUUGCCGCAAUUCCAUGGUAUUCCCAAAUAAUUGCCUGUAUGUCACUCCUGCUUGCUUAUCGCGUGGAGAGACGUCGGAAGAGAAAUAAUUCCAACAAUCAAUUAAACAGCACGAUCUUCUAA